AAACAUCAGGUUUCAACGGUGUGGAUCGCAGUAUAAAUUAUAAUGUCAAUGGGUGUUCUCAGCUAAAGAAUGUGUGUGUGAAAAAAUCGGCGACGCCCUUUGAAAGUCUAAAUUGAUUGCAAUUGUUAGCAACAGAUGGUUGACUCGUCAUUGAAUCAACGUUUACUUGUGAUGGGAAAGGGAAGCUACUAUGGAUGCAAUUUUUAUAUCAAAACUGUGAUGUUACUAUUUGGAUUUAUUGUUUAUAUGUGUUUUAAUUAUGUCACUAUUGAAACUAAGAUUUCUAGUUCUAAACAUUAAAGCUUAAGAAUUUAACGACAAUAUAUACUUUUACUUGCCCUAAGUCCAAUCUAUAAAUGUCUGGUCAAAUAUUGUACUAUUUUGUCAUCGAAGCCCAUGAUUAGAGGAAAGGGAUGAAAAAAGCGUGAAUCCGAGAUGGACGAAAAUGAUGAAAAUAGUUUACAGCUGAAACAACUUGGGCCUGGUGAAAAUGAAUCAACAAAACGAGACGUCACUCAGGCGAAGAUGAAACGGAAAAGCAGUGACAAUGAACAGUCGUCUCUCAUCAACCAGCGCCCCCUGUCGCCAAACGAGACCAAAACGUAUGUCACUUCUGCUCUGGUCGUCUCGUGGUUCUCCAUUAUUUUUGCUUUGGGCGCGGGGAUCGCGGCUAUUGUGUUGAGUAUGACGGGCAACAGCGAGUCGCUGUUUGCAUUCGGGUUGGAUGCUGUCCUAGACAGCUUGUCGUCAUGUGCUGUUGUCUGGAGAUUCCAUGGCAACGUUGACUGUGCUUACUCGCUGGCCAGGGAACGGAAGGCGUGUGUCGCUAUCGGCGUCCUCUUUCUGGUGUCGGCAGCUUCUCUGAUCAUCAAGUCUGUGGUCGCAAUUAUCCUGGAGACUCACGAGUCUAAGGAAGUUGUCCUGUACGAUAGCUUUGCCUUGAGUUGUGGCAUCGUGUCCUUGCUGAUUGCUGUGGCCAAGAUCUACAUCGGUCUCAAGCUCAACAGUCAGGCACUCUACACAGACAGUAUAAUAACCUUUGUGGGUGCGGCUUCCUGUUUUGCGGGUGUUGCAGGCUUGGAGCUGUAUGUAGAGGACACCCGGCUCUGGUUCUUAGACUCUAUCUUUGGCAUCGUCUGCGGCCUUUUUCUUUUAAUUUUUGGCAUCAAAUUAUUACUAGCUGUAACAAGAAAAAAAACAUAGGUGCUGUGAUAGGCGGAGCUACAAGGAGACCCUGUUACACGUACAUAGCGUCAAGUGUCCAUGGAAAUAGGUCAAUGCUUUGUUUUGUUAUUAUUUCGGCUGCUAACCAGUGAUGUUAACAAAUUAAGCGCGAAUUUUUUUUUUCAAAAUAUUUUUAUGACAGGGGUUGUCUGUAAAUUCUCUGACGCUCAUCGUAAGUUUGUGAUACCUGAACUGUUAAGAUAUAUGACAUGUUGGCUACGCAGAUCUCUAUCACACAUCUUUGAAUUUUUCUCACAUUAAUGAUGAAAAAAUAAGUAUGUUUUAAAAAAAAACUACGGUUAUUUACAGGGGAGGGAAGCCAUUAAUAUUGUGACAUUUCAAGGGAUGGGAGUGACGUUUGUAACAACGUAUGACUAGGGGCUCAGGGUAGACAACUGCUAACUUGAUGACAUCAUACAUGGGCGACCCUUUUAAGUUUUUAGAUGAAAGAUGCUCGUACAUUGUUGAUAUGAUAAACUGGCGGAUGGGGGGAGGGGCUGGUCUUUGUGAUCUUACUGUUUUAUUAGAUGUUAUCAAUCCCACACUUUGUGUUUUUAUCUUGUACAACCAGUGGCCCUACAUUAACAAUCAAAGCCGGAUCUAGGUAAGAGUGUAUGCUAACGCUGUAUAUACCUCCCCCCCCCCCCCCCAAUAAACAACCCUAGAUACACCUAUGGUUACACGGUGUACAUAAACAGGAGUUGGCCAAUCGAUGCAACGAUUAUUAUAUUUUGGACACCUGGCGUUUGAUCAAUACAGCAAUUUUUUGAGUUAUUUCAGCUAAUAACUGGUUUAAUCUUCAUGCUUUUAGCCCAAUCUUGAUUGUUUAGACAAUUCUGUGAUAAGCUUAAAGGCUCCACGUACUCGAUCGGGAUAUUAGUUUAGUCAUGCUCGUCUACAGUCACUGAGCCUAGAGCAUUCAUUAGCUUAUAAGGUCAGCCAAGAGCGUUAGCCUAGAGCAAUUAGCCUAAAGGAUUAGCAUAUAGCAUUAGUAUAGCAUCAGCCUAUAGCAUUAGCCAAUAAUAACGUUAGUCUAUAAAAACAAAAAACAAGAAUGCAUUUGUUUUCUAAUACCAACAAGCUUUCAUUGGGUCACAGUUCCUGUUUAGACGUUUAACAAGGAUGAGCUUCACCAAUAGCCAGCAAAACUGACCAUGACCAAUAAGACUGACCUUGACCAAUAAGACUGACCUUGACAACUAUCUGGCGACUGACCUUGACCUAGUCAAACGAACAAUGUCUAUCGAGACUGACCGUGACCUAGCCCGACUGACCACAACGAAUGGUAGGCAAGACAAAAGAAACAACGUUCAAUGUUUAGAACCCCCAACAAUCAAAUGUUUUCAUUUACUACUGCUGUGAUGUCAAGGGGCUGUGCUGUUAUACUUACACGAUGUUUAUCUAUUGCAAUGGUACCGGUAUUGUUGUAUUAAAUAGUAAAGAUUUA